UCCCGGGACCGCCGCUCCGCCCCGUUCGCCGGCGCUGCCGCCCGCGCGGUGCCUUUAAGGCUUGGCCUACGUGGCAGCUGCAGCCCAGCGCGGCCCGGCCCGGCCCGGCCCGCCGCCCGCUCCCGCCCUUCCCGCCCUCGGUGAGAGCCAGGCCGGGCCCCCCUCCUCUCCCCCCUGUCCCCCUCCCCAAGGCGCGCAGGAAGGCCGGCAGGAUCCCGCCGCCAUGGGUCAGAACGAUAUCAUGGGCACCGCUGAAGACUUCGCCGACCAGUUCCUGCGGGUGACCAAGCAGUACCUGCCCCACGUGGCCAGACUCUGCCUCAUCAGCACCUUCCUGGAGGAUGGCAUCCGCAUGUGGCUCCAGUGGAGUGAGCAGAGGGAUUACAUUGAUGGCACCUGGAACUGUGGCUAUUUCCUGGCUUCCAUCUUUGUCUUCAUAAAUCUCCUGGGACAGCUGAGUGGCUGUAUCCUGGUGCUGAGUAGGAACUUUGUGCAAUAUGCCUGCUUUGGACUGUUUGGAAUUAUAGCAUUACAGACUAUUGCAUACAGCAUUCUAUGGGACCUGAAGUUCUUGAUGAGGAACCUUGCCCUUGGGGGAGGUUUGCUGCUGCUUUUGGCUGAGUCCCGCUCAGAGGGGAAGAGCAUGUUUGCUGGUGUCCCCACCAUGAGGGAAAGCUCUCCCAAGCAGUACAUGCAGCUGGGGGGCCGUGUGCUGCUGGUCCUCAUGUUCAUGACACUGCUACAUUUUGACAUGAACUUCUUUUCUAUUCUGCAGAACAUUGUGGGCACAGCCCUGAUUAUCUUAGUGGCCAUUGGCUUCAAGACAAAGCUGGCUGCCUUGACUCUGGUCAUCUGGCUCUUUGGCAUCAACAUCUACUUCAAUGCCUUCUGGACCGUCCCAGCCUACAAGCCCAUGCACGACUUCCUCAAAUAUGAUUUCUUCCAGACCAUGUCUGUCAUUGGAGGGCUGCUCCUCGUGGUUGCAUUGGGCCCUGGUGGAGUCUCCAUGGAUGAGAAGAAAAAAGAGUGGUAACAGGAAUAUCAACACUUCUUGGGACAUAAAAAUAUUAAGUCCAGAACUGAUUCUCUAUGGAUUGAACAAAAACUGCCAGCAUUUUACACGUACAUGCCCCCUUCCUCUUAAAGGCACAGGUGUUUUGAAUUUGAUUUACAGUGGCACCAGUAAUGUCAUAGUUAAAACCCUGUUUCUUCAAGGAAUGUUGCCUAGGCUCAUUCUAACUUUCUAGAUUUGGAACUAACCCAAGGAACCUGCAUUUUGCUGAUGCCUCAGUGAGUUGCAGUAGAACAGUUGCUGUCUUCUAAUGUCAGCAGUGUUUUCAAAUUUGAAGUACUGUGAGCAGACACAGCUGGAUCACUCAGUGUGCUGCUGGGUUCUAGCUAUAAACAAGUGGAUCCCCUUUCUCAUCCUCAUCAAAACUGUCUUGUGCAUAAGGAGUUCCACUGCUGGUUAUAGCAUUGCUUAUCAAGGUGGAAAGCAGCAGAAAAAGAAUCUCUGCUCUUUUGCUGCUUAGAGGCCUGUAAUUGUGUUUUGUUUAACAAGAGGGGGAGGGCUCUCCUGCCCCAAAGAAAAGGCAAAAGAAAACCCUGAAAGUAGUUUUACCUGCCUCUAGGUAAGAAAAGGGAGAGGGGUUUCUAGUAUGUCCCAGUUCUGCUCUCGAGGGGAACCAGGGAGAAUCCUGUAUGGCUUCCCAGAUUUCAAGCAGGAAGCAGGGGAGGUACUCCUGAAGAGACAACAUUAUAUUCUGUUAAAAUUUGUCUGUGCCAAAAGAAUUCUUUCUUCAGCAUUCUUUCCCCAAUGUUUUCUCUCCUGAAUUCCCAGGAAGGGAGCCAAAUAGUGCUGCAGGUUCCAUAUGAAAAGCUCCUCUCUGCUAUUAACCAGCUCCCCUUCAUACAUGCCCCAAAUUCAUAUCUAAAUUGCAGGUUAUUGGUGAAAGUGUCUUCAGAAUUACAGAAACUCCCCUUUUUCCCUGUAAGAUGAGAGCAGUCAGUCCUCUAAUCUCUAGUCUAGCUUCUAAUCCAGCUGCUUAGAUUCACUUCUCUCAGCUCUAGGUCCCAGGUGAGUGACCAGAGGAGGAGCUGGGGUGCUGGGUGGGCUCCCAUGGGCACCCCCUUCUCUUUGCCAGCUCAGACCUGGGAUGUGCAGGGAGGGAGCUGUGAGGUGCCAGAACCCCAGCUCUGCCCUCUGUACCCCCAGGGUUGUGGCUGAAGAAUGCAAGUGCAGAGUGAGCAACCAGCCAGGGGUGUCCCUUGCGUGCUCAGGGGGUGACAGUGAGGGUGGCCCCGUGUUCCCUUCUGGGUUGCCCCAAGCUCUGUGCCAUGCAGAUGCUGAGUGCUGCUCAGAGGAGCCAUUUUGUGCUCUGCUGCUGAACCUGUCUCGCUAGAUCAUGAAAGAAUUCUGGAAAGCAGGAGCCCUCCCAGCUUGCUCAAACGACACCAAUUCCUUGCACUGUUGUCUCCUUGAAAGCUGCUCAGCUGCUGGGUUAUUCAGGGAGCCUUCAGCUGGGUGUCCCCAGCCACUCACCAGCCUCUCCUUGGGGACACUGACCUGGACAGCUCAGCCUCAAUGGUUCCAUUUAAGGUGAGAAACCAGGCUGAAGGACCUGAGGACAAAGAGAAGAGCACUGGUGAAGGUUAAACCAUUGAUUUCAUCAGCUUCAGGGGAAAACAGCCCAUGUCAUAGCAAGGUGUGCUGCUGCUGCUGCUGAAGGACACGAAGUGGUGUGUGGGGUGGGUGGGAGGGGAAGCCAGCAUUUAAGGUCAGGUCACAUAGGUGGCUUUUUUUGUGGAGGUUUUGAGAGAAGUUUUCACCUGAAGUGUUUGUUCCCUCUCUUGGUAGCAAAACAAACUGGUCUGAGGUGAUGGGCACACAGCACAGGGUGCUUCCCCUCACUUUCCCUGCAGGUCCUGUGAUGGUUUCAGACAACAUCAAGGCAGCCAUGCUCAGACACCUUACCUGCUCUUGAUGUUCACGUGGUAUUUAUAAACUUAAUGAUAGAAACAUCUUGUAAGUUAGUCCUUUUUCAACUUCUUUGUGUCCUGCCUAACUAAGGAGCUGGGUAUCAGACUAGCCUGAAAUACCAGUUUCCUCUGUCAAAAUCAAGUCCCCUUUCCAACAAAAGACCCCAGAAAAGGAACUGAUACUGCCCCUUGCAGCAGAGAGAUUUUGGUGCUAAAGGGGCAGAGUUAGGUAGAGGGCAUUAUAAGAUAUUUCUAGGCAGCACAAUGUGCAGACUCACUGACUGUGAGUCCUGGUGCAGAAGAUCCUGGUUUCCUACAAACACUGCUGUAUUUGUGCAUCUCCCAACAAUACAGUGACCCCUCCCUGUGGCCAAGAAGCUCUCACAAGCAGGAAGUCAGCUCUCGAUUGGCUCUGCAAAGUAUUCUGGAAUUAAUUCUGAAUAUAUUUUUGCUUUCUAUGUGGAAAAAAAAAAAAAAAAAGUAUAAAUUCUCAUUUUAUGCUGUAUUUUGUACCUUAGUUGUGUUUGAAAAUGUUUUGAUUUUUGGAAACAAUCAAAA